UCCAUGUCCUGUCUCUCGCUAACAUUCAUCCCAAAACAUUACUAAAAAGUAUCUAUGGCUUCUAAGGCUCUUGCAGUUACAGCUCUUCUUAUCACACUCAAUCUUCUUUUCUUCACUUUUGUUACAUCCACAAAAUGUCCACCAACUACUCCUAAACCCCCAAAAACCCCAAAGUCUCCAAAGAAGGAACCUGCGGUGAAACCCACUUGUCCUACCGACACGCUUAAGCUCGGUGUUUGCGCAGACUUAUUGGGUUUAGUUAACGUUCUGAUUGGUUCUCCACCUAAGACUCCUUGUUGUUCACUUCUUCAAGGUCUUGCUAAUCUUGAAGCUGCGGUUUGUCUCUGCACCGCUCUUAAAGCCAAUGUCUUGGGGAUUAAUCUCAAUGUUCCUGUUGAUUUGAGCUUGCUGUUGAACUAUUGUGGCAAGAAACUUCCCUAUGGUUUCCAAUGUGCUUGAAGAUUUGAGAUUUAAAAGAGAAAUCUCUUUGGUUUGUUAUGUUUUACUUUGUUUGUUUCCUACUGUUAUCUAUUGUUAUUGUGAGAAAGAUGCAAAUUAAUAGCCAACCUUUUGUUCUUUGAUGUAAUCUUUGAACUUGUUAAUGAAAUCUUUUGAUGCAUUUUCUUAA